AUGUUAUAUAGACAAAUAACGAGCAUAGAUGUCAUACAAAUCCCAGCACCUGGUUUUAAUCUACCCGAAUCUAUACAGUUUAGUCCGGAUGAUAAUAUAGUAACUUAUAUUCGUGCACCAUAUCAAUUUUUAUCAACACGACAACUUUAUGCAUAUGAUCUUCGAAUAGAUAAAGAAUUUAUUUUUAGUGAUUUAAAAAAUGCUGAUGAAGUUAUUGAAACUAAUCCCUCUAAAGAGGAACAAUCUCGACGUGGACGUCAACAUCUAUUAACAACUCCGGUAACUCGUUAUCAAUGGGCAAAAAAUCAAACUCAAUCAAUGUUACUUAUUACCAUGGAUAAUACUCUUUAUAUUUAUUAUAACAAAGAAAUUCGUCUUUUAGUCGAUCGAUCUGAUCAAACAUCUAUUAUGGAUUGUAAAUUAUCACCUGAUGGAAAACUCGUUGCUUAUGUUCAAAAUUGUGAAAUUUAUUGUAUAUCAACAAUAUCUUCAGCCGAACCACGUCAAUUAACAUUUGAUGCUCGUAAUUGUCCAUGUAAAACAAAUGGUCUUGCAGAAUUUAUUGCUCAAGAAGAAAUGGAUCGUCAUGAUGGUUUUUGGUGGUCAGAUGAUUCAUGUUUUAUUGCGUUUACUCAAGUUGAUGGGUCAAAUGUACCAGUUCUUCGUAUUUCACAUUUAGGUUCUGAGGAUCCUGAUCAUAUUGAUGAAUAUCGAUAUCCAUUUGCUGGUAAAGCUAAUGUUCAUGUAACUGUUGGUAUAAUUGAUCUUAGAAAUGAAAAUAAUCAAAAACAACCGAUUAUACAUUGGGUUGAUUUAAGUAAAUUUAAAGAUUAUUAUAUAGCACGUGUUGAUUUCUUUCCUGAUAAUAGUCUUGCAUUACAAAUUGAAAAUCGUCAACAAACUAAAUUACAAUUAUAUCAAUAUGAUUUUUUAAAUAAAAAACCAUUAAAAUUAUUAAUUGAAGAAAUAAGUGAAUUAUGGAUUAAUUUACAUGAUCUAUUUUAUACAUUAAAAAAAACACCAACACAAUUUAUAUGGGCUAGUGAACGAACUGGUUAUAUGCAUUUAGAAUUACAUGAUUAUAAUAGUGGAAAAUUAAUAAAAAUAUUAACACAUGGUAAUUGGGUUGUACAACGUAUUCCUGAUAUUGAUGAAGAUAAUUCAAUAAUUUAUUUUUUGGCCAAUCGCGAAACACCACUUGAAACUCAUCUUUAUAGUGUUAAUUAUAAUGAUGAUGUACCUAAAAUAGAUCGUAUAACACAAGAAUCAGGUACUCAUAUUGUUUAUUGUUUUAAUCAUACACAUCAAUAUUGUAUAACACAAUGGAGUUCAAUAGAUCAAUAUCCAAUAAUAAGAAUGUUAGAUGUUAAAAAAAAAGAAAUUAUUAAAACUUUUGAUCAUAUAAAACAAGGUGUAUUACGAACAAUUGAACAAUUUCAUUUAGUUAAACCAAAAUUAUUUCCUAUAUUAAAUAGAAAUAAUGAUACACUUUAUUGUGCACUUUAUACACCAGAUAAUGAACAGGAUAGAUAUCAAACACCAUAUCCAACACUUGUAUCAGUUUAUGGUGGACCACGUCUUCAACGUGUUGCAAAUUCUUGGUCACUUCGAUCGGAAAUGCGUUGCCAACGUUUAGUUGAAGCUGGCUAUGUUGUACUUUGUUUAGAUAAUCGUGGUAGUUCAAAUCGAGGUGUUGCAUUUGAAAGUUCUAUUAGACAUAAUAUGGGACAUAUAGAAUUAGAUGAUCAAAUUGAUGGUGUACAAUAUCUUAUCAAACAAGGUAUUACUGAUGAAAAACGUGUUGGUAUAUUUGGUUGGUCUUAUGGUGGAUAUAUGUCAGCUAUGGCGUUAGUUCGUGCAAGUGAUAUUUUUAAAAUAGGUAUUGCCGGUGCACCAGUUACGCAUUGGGAUGGAUAUGAUACUCAUUAUACUGAAAGAUAUAUGGGUACACCAGAAGAGAAUCCAUAUGGAUAUGAAACCUCAAGUAUAAUGUAUCAUGUAAAUAAUUUAAAAGGACAUUUAAUGAUAAUUCAUGGUUUAAUUGAUGAAAAUGUUCAUUUUCGUCAUUCAGCUCGUCUUAUAAAUGCACUUAUUAGAGCUAAUAAACCAUAUGAACUAGUGAUAUUUCCAAAUGAACAACAUGCACCAAGAAGAUGUGAUGAACGUGUCUAUAUGGAAGAACGUAUGUUUGAAUUUAUUCGAAAAUAUUUAUGA